CCCAGCGCUGUGAAUUCUCACUCUGUGCCUGGGAUAUACAUUGCUAUUCACUAUGGAUAUCACAGUCCAUCACCCCUGGAUGCGUCGCCCAGUCAUGGCUGCCCCAUUCUUCCCCAGUCGCAUACUGGGACAGAGGUUUGGAGAAGGGGUUCUGGAGUCUGAACUUUUCCCUACGAUGCCCUUGGGCCUUAACCCCUAUUACUGCCACUCUCCCAGCCUCACGCAGCCAAGUGAAGCCGGACUGUCUGAGGUAAAGCUGGAUAAGGAUCAGUUCUCUGUUCUGUUGGAUGUAAAACAUUUUGCUCCCGAGGAGCUCAAUGUGAAGGUGGUGGGAGACUACGUGGAGGUCCACGCGAAGCACGAGGAGCGCCAGGAUGAACAUGGCUUCAUCUCUCGGGAAUUUCACCGGCGGUACAAGAUCCCCUCAACCGUGAACCCAGCAGCAUUAACCUCAGCUCUUUCUGCAGAAGGACUCCUGUCCAUCCUCGCUCCGGUUACUGACAGCAGCAAACCUGAAGAGAGGAGCGUGCCCAUCACCAGAAAAGAGAAAUGAGAGAGUUUAGACCAAGUGUCAGUUACCACUAAAAACUAGAAUUAUGCAAUUCCUGAAACUCCUUUAAAAGCCCAUCUACCGCGUCAGCAACCGUCUGUCUACAGCUCUCACUGACACCCAACAUCACCAAGAACCAUUUGUCUACAGCUCUCACUGACACCCAACAUCACCAAGAACCAUCUAUCUACAGCUUCCACUGACCCCCUACAUCAUUAAGAACCGUCUAUCUACUAAUCCCACUGACCCCCUACAUCACCAAGAACCAUCUAUCUACAGCUUCCACUGACCUCCUACAACACCAAGAACCAUCUAUCUACAGCUCCCACUGACCCCCUACAUCAUUAAUAACCAUCUAUCUACAGCUCCCACUGACCUUCUACAUCACCAAGAACCAUCUAUCUACAGCUCCCACUGACCCCCUACAUCACCAAGAACCGUCUAUGUACAGCUUCCACUGACCUCCUACAUCACCAAGAACCAUCUAUCUACAGCUCCCACUGAACCCCUACAUCAUUAAGAACCAUCUAUCUACACCUCCCACAUCACCAAGAACCAUCUAUCUUCAGCUUCCACUGACCUCCUACAUCACCAAGAACCAUCUAUCUACAGCUCCCACUGACCCCCUACAUCACCAAGAACCAUCUAUCUACAGCUCCCACUGACCCCCUACAUUACCAACAACCAUCUAUCUACAGCUUCCACUGACCUCCUACAUCACCAAGAACUAUCUACAGCUCCCACUGACCCCCUACAUCACCAAUAACUAUCUAUCUACAGCUCCCACUGACCCCCUACAUUACCAACAACCAUCUAUCUACAGCUUCCACUGACUUCCUACAUCACCAAGAACCAUCUACGUACAGCUCCCACUGGCCCCCUGCAUUACCAAGAACCAUCUAUGUACAGCUCCCACUGGCCCCCUACAUUACCAAGAACCAUCUAUGUACAGCUCCCACUGACCCCCUACAUCACCAAGAAUCGACUGUCUACAGCUCCCACUGAUCUCCUACAUCACCAAGAAUCGUCUGGAUCUAUCAGGGAUUUUGUAUAUUAUUCAACUAAUUCUGAAUUUAGUUCGGAUUAGCAUUUAUCAUAUUUACUUAAGGUAGAUCUGUUAUUACAAACGAAUGAGCGCAUAGAACUCAGAUCGAUACCAUCCAGUGACUUUAAAAUCAGCUAUUCAGAUGUGUGAAUUCUGUAUAACAUUCAUUUUAUGACCCAAACUUUAUAUGUUUUAAGUAACACUCCAAGCACCUCGAACACUGUAAGGGUGGGUUUAACAUGAAAACGGUUUUAUUUGCAUUUUAAUAAAAAUAUAAAAUCCUUGUUAAAACGAAUUCUAGUUUAAAGUACAAAUUAAAAAUUCUUAUUGGUUAAAUGAAUGUCAGCUUAAAAGAAUAAAACAAUAAAAUUGGGAUUUCAAA